AUGACGGAACCCUGUGACUCCCCUAAAAAUGUAUUGCCACCAUUUCUCAACACCUUCAUUUUCACAAUUAUAGGUGCUGAAUGUGUCACUGGUGUCAUUGCCAAUGGCUUCAUCGUGGCUAUAAAUGCAGCAGAAUGGUUUCAGAACAACACAGUUUCCACAAGUGGCAGGAUCCUGGUUUUCCUGAGUGUAUCCAGAAUAGCUCUCCAAAUCUUCACGAUGCUAGAAAUUACCUUCAGUUCACCAUCCCUAAGUUUUUAUAACGAAGACGUUGUAUAUAGUACAUUCAAAGUAAGUUUAAUGUUCUUAAAUUAUUGUAGCCUCUGGUUUGCUGCCUGGCUCAGUUUCUUCUACUUUGUGAAGAUUGCCAAUUUCUCCUACAGCCUUUUCCUCAGGCUGAAGUGGAAAAUUUCUGGAUUGAUGCCCUGGCUUCUGUGGCUGUCAGUGUUUAUUUCCCUCGGCAACAGCAUGCUCUCGCGCAAGGACAUCUACAUUGUAUAUUGUAAUGAUUCUUUUCCUAUCACCUCCUCCAACUCCACUAAGAAAAAACACUUCUCUAAGACCAAUGUCGUCAGCCUGGCUUUUUUCUAUUACCUGGGGAUCUUCAUUCCUCUGAUCAUGUUCAUCCUGGCAGCCACCCUGCUGAUCAUCUCUCUCAAGAGACACACCCUACACAUGGAAAGCAAUGCCUCUGGCUCCAGGGACCCCAGCAUGGAGGCUCACAUGGGGGCCAUCAGAGCUACCAGCUACUUCCUCUUUCUCUACAUUUUCAAUGCAGUUGCUCUGUUUUUUUAUAUGUCUGCUACCACUGAUGUCAAUAGUUUCUGGAAUAUUUUGUGCAAAAUCAUUAUGUCUGCCUACCCUGCUGGCCACUCAGUUCUACUGAUUAAGGACAAUCCAGGGUUAAAAAGAGCUUGGAAGCAGUUUCAGUAUCGAAUUCAUCUUUACCCGAAAGAGUAG